CCUAGAAAGGGAUGGAGUAGCAAAGAAAAAAAAUAGUGCCACGAUUUCUGAAGUUGUGUGAUGGCUUCGUACCAACACAAACAGGCCCACGUAAACAACGUCUCGGAGGGAUUGAUUAUUGCAGCGAAGUCAGAUAUCUGCUCAGGCAUUUUAUCGCAGACACACCCUUCCCUGGAUGUCCAGCACCAUGAUAUAUAAACCGACUACCAACCUCCAUCGGUUCAUACUCGGCUCCAGCUGAUCUCUCCUUAAGACGUCUUGAAUUACUUUCAUUUUCGUACACAAUGUCUAACUCUCCGAUAUCAAAUCUGAUGGUGCUGGCGGCCACCCUUGCCAUCAUAUCUGCGCCCUUACAAUUAUGCUCGGCCCAUCCUGUAGUGCAAGAUGUGACGUCACAGGACCAGGCAAGCAGCUCAAUCAUUUCAGGUCCUUCGUGUACGAGUUCCCCACUGGGGAUGGCCAGUGGGGCCAUCCCUGAUUCCAGCCUGACGGCGUCAGACUCACACGGCUCAUAUCCCCCAAGGAAGGCCCGACUGAGUGGUACUGGUUGGUGGGUAUGCCCGAUUGGAAAGCUCGAGGGUCAAUGGAUCCAGGUAGACCUCGGUCGGUACACGGCCAUCACGGGGGUCAUCGUACAGGGAUAUCCAAGAACCAAUCAUAUCCUAACCUUUGCUGUAAACUACAGUAAUACUGGCGAGUCCAAUGAUUGGCAGAAACUAACUGACAGAGGACAGACCGUACAGAAUGUCGAUACAGCGCUGGAGACGGUGGCGGGAGGCACGUGCUGCGGCCGAAUGCUUCUGAAGGAAUGA